CCAGCUACUCUCAUCCACACUCCUUCCUCCCUCCCUCCCUCCCUGCCAAGCCCCCGCACCUUUAUUCUCAAAUCCCAGCCCUCCAAUAAUCACCACUCAACUUCCCAACGCCUGCCAUCUUUCUUUACACCUCUCUCUCUCUCUCUCUAAUUAAUUCUCCAUUGCCAUGUCCAUACUGCAGCUUUCAGCAGCUCCCACUCCAAUGGCAAUUGCCGUCAGAAUUCUCAUGAUCUCCUUCAUCCUAACUUCCCUCCUCGUCUCCCUCCUCUUCGUCCCCACCCACUUCACAAAACCCACCACCGCACUACUCCCGCCGCCCAUAACCGCCGUCCUCCCCAGCUCCGGCAACCCGUAUCCCGUGACGUUCGCCUACUUGAUCUCGGCGUCCAGAGGCGACGCCCAGAAGCUCAAGCGCCUGCUCCUCGCGCUGUACCACCCCGGGAACUACUACUUGAUCCACUUGGACCAAGCCGCUCCCCGGAGAGAGCACAGGGAGGUCGCCAGGUUCGUCGCCAGCGAGGCCGUGUUUGGCCGAGUGGGAAAUGUGUGGAUUGUUGGGAAGCCUAAUUUGGUCACCUACAGGGGUCCCACCAUGCUCUCCACCACUCUCCAUGCAAUCUCUAUGCUCUUGAGAUCUGCCCGGUGGGAUUGGUUCAUCAAUCUCAGUGCCUCCGAUUAUCCGUUGGUAACCCAAGAUGAUCUGAUUCAUGCAUUCACUAGCUUGCCAAGAGAUCUGAAUUUCAUACAGCACAGCGGCCAUCUGGGUUGGAAACUGAACAAGAGAGGAAAGCCAAUUAUAAUGGACCCAGCACUCCAUAGACUCAAUAAAUCAAACAUCUGGUGGGCUACCAAACAGAGGACCCUCCCAACUGCUUUCAAGCUCUACACAGGGUCAGCCUGGACAAUACUAUCCAGAUCUUUCGCAGAGUACUGCAUAGUCGGCUGGGACAACCUCCCGAGGACUCUCCUCCUCUACUACACAAACUUCGUCUCCUCUCCAGAAGGCUACUUCCAGACGCUCAUCUGCAACUCCAAGGUCUACAGAAACACGACAGUCAACCACGACCUCCACUACAUCACCUGGGACACGCCUCCGAAGCAGCACCCCAGGUCGCUCGGCCUCAAGGACUACAGGCUAAUGCUUCUCAGCGGCAGACCUUUCGCCCGGAAGUUCAAGCAGAACGAUCCGGUCCUCGGCAAGAUCGAUCGCGAGCUCCUCAGAAGGCGGCGCGGCGAGUUUGCGUAUGGCGGGUGGUGCUCGAAGGACAGCGAGACGAGGAAGACGUGCUUGGUCUUGCAGAGCGAGAAUCAUGGAGCCCUGACGCCGGGAGGUGGUUCCCGGCGGCUGAGAGCUCAGCUGAAGAAGCUGCUCUCAGCUCAGAAUUUCAGCAAGCGGCAGUGUAAAUGAUUCUUUCGAGCCGACACAUGGAAUGCGUUUUUCAAUUAAACCUAUUUGAAAAUGGGUUUCUAUUUUUUUAAGAGAAAUUACAUUUAUUAGAAAUGCCUAUAAACAAAAUAUGUAUUUAUUGUUAAUGAAUAAUAAUGUGUGGCAUGAAAAUAAUAAUUUU